AUUCGUACGGACGGGCAAAGGCACAACCUUGUCAUCCUAUACACCACAUCCAUACACUCACAACCAUGGCACCCACUGCCACCUCGUCCGCCUCGGCCGCAGCCACAGGCAGCAACGCCUCAUCCAACUUCCAGUACGACCACGGCCUCCUCUCCGUCACAAAUGUAUCCAGCACCAGCACUGCUUCCAAGCCCACCUCUUCCUGGCUGCAGGCCCAAACUCAAAAGGGCGUCUCUGCCCUCCUCUCCAACCUCAUCGCCACUCUCCCCCUCAAAGUCCACCCAGACCAUGGACCUAUCCUAACGCUACCCCUUCCAACCACGAUUUUGCCCAGGGCAAAACCACUACCCAAACCAAAGCCAUUGACUAAAUGGCAAGAGUUUGCAAAGAAGAAGGGAAUCGCUGAUACAAAGAAGAAGGAAGGAAAGCUGGUGUACGACGAGGCGACGCAGGAGUGGGUUCCAAAGUGGGGAUACAAGGGAAACAAUAAAAAGGAGGAGGAACAGUGGAUUCAUGAGGUGCCGUUUGGUAAAGAUGACGAUUACGACCCCUCCAAGGCAAUGAAGGCCGAGCGCAAGAAGCGUCGUCUACACAAUGACGCCCAACGGCUUCGCAACCUCGCCCGCGCUUCUGCCGCCAGCUCCUCCAACAGCAAAACAUCCUCUUCUGCCCUCAAAUCCGACCCUCUGACCACCCGUACUCUCAGAAAAGGUGAUCUGGACGCUACUACGCUCCGCAUGAGAGGCUCAACAGCCUCCAUGGGCAAGUUCGAUCGGGUGCUACCUGGAGAGGAUAUCAAGACUCGUGGGGUGAAGCGCUCUUUUGAUCCCAAUGAGCGGGAUGCAGGAGAGGAGAAGAAGAGGAGUAUGGCCAUUCUCGGUGGAUUGGAUGGAUCUGGA